CAUGCGUUCGCGAUCUUUCCAAGUAACCAUAAAGGCCAUAAAGGCGCAUAAACCGAGUCUAAGUUCCAAGUAUAGUCUACAGUGGCCGCACUACGGCUCCGCUUCGCAAGUUCGCAGGGCGCAGAUAAUUUCUCGGCAGUCGUCGGCACUGGCCGCCAGAUAGUUCUCGAGAGAUAUCUCGCCGAGUGAACGUCAUUGUACACAGCAGCACUCCGGCACACAACUUCUGACACAAGCGCGCAACACCUAUCAGAUUUUGUGCAGAAUCAACUUUGCGACGCACGACACAAGGACACAAGCGACGACGGCGGCUGGCUUUACUUGGCUUCUGCUUCCGUGACCACUGCUACUGUGUCUAGUGCUUAUCACGUCGGCCUGCACUACUUUUGACAUUUUUAGUCAUUGGACGCUGAUGCUCUGUUCGAUCGUUCUUUCACAUAUUCACGGAAUCAAAUUCGCGCUUGAGGUGUGUUGUGAAAAUGUCAAUGCUGGUGGCAUCGAUUGAGCAUUGCAGUUAAACAAGUGAUAUCAAAACUCUAGAACAUGGCUGCCAAAAACAGAAAGAGAAUUGGAAAAGAUUUGAGUGAAAGUUCCAGCUCAAGUGAUUCUGAACCUGUUGAUAAAGAAAUAAAAAAAAUCAAAAAUACUUCAUAUGUGAAACGACAAGCAAGUAAAAAAACUAAUAAAAUUAAGAAAGUACUAGAUAAUAUAUGUGAUGAAGACAGUGAAGAAAAAAUUCCUAAAAGAAUGAAACUACCAAUAGCCAAGGUGAAAGCUGUCAAACAAGGAAUUUACACAGAUACUUCUUCUUCUAGUUCGGAUUCAGAACCACAAACCUCUAAAAUUAAAAGUUCUCUCACAAGCCAUAAAAAAAAAUCAUCCAAAUUACAAAAAUUACCUGCAGUUAUUGCAAGUAAAAAUUUAAAUAAUUCAAGGAAAAAGAAACAGAAUGAAUUGAUCAGACAGUCUUUGACAAGAUCAAAGAUGAUAAAUGAUGAGAAUUCCAGUCAGGAAUUUGAAAAAUCUAAAUCUAAAUCUAAAUUAAACAAUAGUACUUGUGUAGUAGACUUUUCUGUUAUAGAAACCCCAAGUAAAUCAGACGAUGAGAACAUUCCAGUUUCAAAAAAACAAGAAAUAUUAUUGAAAAGUCUUAUACUAGCAGGAGUUAGUAAUAUUGAAAAAUUGACUGAGGAUUUGAAAUCUGAUUUGGAGGUGCAAAGUGAAUAUUUGAUUUCUAAAAAGAUAAAUGCUAUCAGAGAUUCUAAGUUUGUUGCACACAAAAUUUUACAAGUUUAUAAUAACACUUUCCAAAAACUCAAACAAUACAGAAAUGAUUUUGCUAAUUCAUAUGAAAAGUGGAUUGAAUCCUGUAGCAAUUGUAAAACUACCACUAAACAAAAAGACUUGACAAAAAAAAAAUACAACUUGUCAUUGUCUGAAGAUGAUGAUGAUGAUGAUGAUGAUAAUAAAUCAAAUGUUUCAACUUUUAAAAAAAAUGAAAGUAAUAAAAGUUAUGCUCAAAUUAAUGAACUUUUAGAUGUAGGUUCAUCACCAAAAAUUACUGUUUCAUCAACUUUGAAAAAAACAAUUAAAUCAAUUGAAUCUUCCUCCGAUUCAGAACCAAUCAUUGAACCAAAGUCAAAACUAUUAUCUAAAACUAUUUCUAAUGGGUCAUUUGCAGAAAACAAAAAAGAAUUUACACAAGUCAAUGAUGAAAAAUCUAAAUCUGUUAAUAGAAGUAUUAGCAGUACUAGUUCAGAUUCUGAUACAAAAACCAAAAAAUCCAAAAAAAUGAAUAAUUCGGAAAAAUGUGUUCUUCAAAGUAAUGAUAGCUUGAUUAAAGAAAAAUCAGUAGUUUCCAAUUCAACAAAUAAUUUGAAUGUUCUUGAAUCAUUAGGUUUAAAAAAUGUGGAAGGUGUACAGGACUCAAAAAAUGAAAACUCUGCACAAUCUAAACUGGCAAAAUCUACUGGUGAAAUAUCUGAAUAUGACAGCGAUAUAUUUUCAGGAGAAGAUACUCAAUUGAAGAAACAAACCGAGAAUGAAAAUAAUGCAUCUCUGAAAAAAAAACAUGAUUACUCGUCUGAAAAAGAUUUAUUUAGCACUGAGGAGUCAGAAGUAGCUAAUACUCCCGUGAAGUCUCCUAUUCUUCACGAUGGUAAUCAUACAUUGCGCCAUGCUCUAUUAUCUACAAAUAAAUAUAAUUCACGGAAAAAAGUUCAUUUACAAAAAUUGAAGUCAGGUCAAAUAGAGACCAUUAAACAAUCAGAAAAAUCAAACCAUAACGAAACAGUUAAAUGGAUAGUCGAUGAUUUUAGUGAAACAGAUGAUGUAGAUGUUGAAGAAUUAUCAAAAAAUGAUUCAAAACAUGAAGAAAAAUUGAUAAAUUUGAAUAAAAGUAAUACUUCUCUUCAAGUAUUGAAAAAUCAACGGAUUUUAAAGGGAGCCAAAACUCAAAAUGUUUCCACGAAAAUUAAUCCAAAAAUGAAAGUAUCAUGCAAUAGCAUUGAAGAUAUUAAUGCUCAGCCUAAUAAAUCUACAAUUCAUGAAAAAACAUCAAAUGAACAUAUUGAAAUUCAAGGAACCGUCACAGAUGAAGUUGGUGGUCAUCAAUUUUCUAUGCAUAAAAGUAAUGAAAACAAAAAUUCUAUUUGUGAAAAAUCUUUGGAAUCUGAUUCCUCUGAAGAAGAGGCCUCCAAUUCUUCUAAAUUGAGAAUGAGUAUUGAUGUAUCUGAAAAAGAAAAUUCAAUGAAAGAAAUAUCAUCAAAUGAUGAGUUUCUAUCACAUGAUAAUUCGUUGAAAAUUAAUAAAAAACAAGACAAUGAUGAAUCAAAAACUCAUGAAGAAAGGGAAGAUAAAUCUCCAUCAAGCAGUCAUUCUUGUCAAGAAAAAGUUAAAUGUGUAGAAAACAACAAAAGUGUCAAUAUUAAGCGUUCUGUUGCUGAUAAAUAUUUGUCAAAUGAAAACUUGUCAGAAGAAGCCAAAAAUCAUAAAAGUAGCUCAAUGACUAAACAAAUAAACUCUGCUCAAAAUGAAAAUAAAAAAAUCAAGUGCCUUUUGACUAAUAUAUCUUCCAAAGAUAAAUCAGCGGAUAAAUAUUCAUUGCUUGAAAAGUUAUCAAAUGAGGAAAACAAAAAAGACAAUGAUAAUGUACAGGUCAAAGAAGUAAUAGAAAAGUGUUCUUCAAAGGGGAAUGAUUCAGAAAAAGAAAAUGAUUUAAGAAAUCAAUCUACAUCACAGAGUAAUUUGUCAGAGGAAUCAAAAACUGAAUAUUCAUCGGAACCAAAGACAAAGAACUUGAGUCGUUCUUUAGAAAAUAAAGAUGAUGUUUCAAAAAAUUCUAUGUGCAAUAAUUUGAUUGAAAAUUCCAAAAAUAAAGAAGAUUCUUCCCUUGAACUUGCAUGCGAUUCAGAGAAUUCUUCUGAAAAUGAACUUAUAAGAAAAAAGACUUCUCGUAAUAGAGUAUUGAGUGACAAUGAUUCAGAAGCAUCAGAAAGUAAAAUUGAAAAUGAAAUGAAAAGUAUCUCAAAGGAUGAUGUUGAUACAUCUAAAUCAUCAAAAAAUGCAAGUAUUCAAAAAGAUAAUUUUUCUGAAAAAUCUGUAGUUGAAAAUCAUCUUGAAGGAAACCAUGGAAAUGAAAAUAGCUAUAUAGAUGAAGACGAUAAAAAUCUAAGUAGUUCUAAAUCAACAAAAAAAACUGGUUCAAGUAAUUGUGGUAGAGUAAAAGGAGAGAUUGUAAAAGUAAAAAUGUCCAAGCCAUCAAUAUUGGCACAAAGUACUAUAAUAUCGACGCUUGAAAAUUCAUCUGAAAGUGAAAAUUUAAACGAAUGUGAUUCUUCAAAACAAAGUGUUUGUACGAAAGAAAUGUCUACUAAGAGAAAUGAUUCUGAUAGCGAUGUAUCAAAAUGUUCAGAGUCAUCUUGUUCUAAAAUAAAUAACAUGGAGUUUGAAGAAAUAAAAAUGAAGCUGCUUGAAUCUUGUGAGUCCGAUAGUAAUGAAUCGGUUGAUAGUAAUGCUAGCACCAUUAUUGAUUCCAAAAUGAAAACCCGUAAAAAAAUUGAAUCACCUAAAAAGUUCACCUCUUCUAAACGGUCACGUUCGAUUUCUUCCGACAGCUUGAGUUCGCCAGACGACAAUUCGUCACGCAAAGUUCGACGACCGCCAAAGCGUCGUCGACGUUUAAAUGAAGAUGAUUCGACCAACAGCGACGAUGACUGCUCAAAAAACUCAUCGAAGCCGCGCUUUACCUCAGCUACAAAUCACCAUUACAAAGCUGAUAAAAAGCUGAGAUUUUGUCGCGUUGUUCUGGAUAGAAUGACGACCACCGAACUGAAGAAGUACAGGCGCGCGAUCCAAGCAUCUAAGAGUUACUUAGCUAACAAAAAGUUGAAAAGUAUUACAAAUCUAAGCCUUCUCGAGCGACCAAAAUCGAGCAAAAAGUCGUCGAAAAAACAACUAUACAACGUAACGAUCGACAAGGAGGACGAGUCACUCGAAAAUAGUGCCUGCAAUAGUGGAGGUCAUUCAAUGAUGUCAGAUGUCGAUUUUAUGGAAGUCGAGGUACCAGCUAUCGACGAUGAUCAAAAUGAUGAAAACAACGAAGUUGAUGACGACGACAAUGAUGUUGAUGGCAAUGAUGUUGACGGCAAUGAUGUUGACGGCAGUGAUGUUGACGAUAAUGAUGAACAAAUGAGUGAGGGCGAGAUCGAGGCUAAAAAUGCCCUACUCACAGACGACUCCGAUAGCGAGCAAUACGAUGAUGCCAAUGCUGAAGAUAUUGAAAAUAAUUCAGAUCAGUCAACCAACUCGAAAAGUAACAAAACGUCGAAAAAACGCAAAGAAAAAAUUAUUGAAAAGAACGAAUCGUCAAGUGAAAAAGCUACCGCAGAAGAAAUCGAUCGAUCUGAUCAUACCGAUUCGGAAGAUAAAGGCAGUUGGCAAGAAGACGAGUUAUUGCAAUUCAAAGCUAGCGGAUCAAAGCAAGAUAAAUCUGCUGAAAAACAAAAUAAAAAAAAGAUUAAGAAGAACAAAAAAAUGUCUAGUUCGGACCAAAGUAAUUCGCCGUUAAAAAAAAAUGUCAAAAAAGGAGGUAGAAAGAAAAAAAAAGUCAUCGACUCGGAUUCAGAUGUACAACUUGUAUCGAGCGAAGAAGAAUUCCAGUCUAAAAGAGAUGAUUCAGGCGAUGAAAGAGAUAGCGAAAAUGAUUCCAAACCAACUAAAAAAAGAAGGAGUAAGAAAAGAUCGAAGUCGUCAUCUUCUGAAAACUCUUCCGGUGAAAAAAAGCCCAAAGGGAAAAGAAAAAGAAUAAAAAAGGUUGCCAGUGACAGCGAAAGUGAAGAUGGCGAUUCACCAUCUAAAGGCAGAAAGAAUAUCCGCAGAGUUUUAAAGGAUAAACACGUAGGCGAGGAUACAAAAAGAGCGGCGCAAGAUGAGGAGGAACGAAUGAAGCGUAUAGCUGAACGUCAAAAAAUUUUCAAUGAAAUGUACGAUGCUCGGCUAGCUGGUGAAGCAAAAGUUGAUAAAUUGGUUUUAGAUUUCGACGAAGAAACUAAACAAGAGUUAGUUGUAGUCGACAAGGAACUGGUGAAACGAUUAAAGCCACAUCAAGCUCAGGGUAUAAAAUUCAUGUGGGACGCUUGUUUUGAAUCAUUAAAAAUGAUCUCGGAGAGUGAAGGUUCAGGCUGUAUAAUAGCUCAUUGCAUGGGUUUGGGUAAAACUUUUCAAGUUGUCACUUUAGCGCAUACUUUAUUAAGCCAUGAGGAGACAGGAGUGAAGACAGUAAUGGUAGUUUGUCCUUUAAGUACAGUUUUAAAUUGGUGCAAUGAAUUCAAAAUUUGGCUUAAACAUGUCAAGAAUAGCGAUGAUAUUGAAAUUUACGAGUUAACAAAGCAAAAGAAAAAUACCGAGAGAAGAUAUAUGCUUGAAAGUUGGCAAAGAACAGGUGGAGUUUUGAUAAUUGGUUACGAAAUGUUCCGUAAUUUAACCAGUACUGGUAAGAAGUUGAGAAAGGCUAUGCAGGAGUCACUGAUGAGAUCACUUGUUGAUCCAGGAGCCGAUCUUGUCGUUUGUGACGAAGGUCAUUUGCUUAAAAAUGAAGAUUCGGCUUUGAGUAAAGCCAUGAACCUCGUGAAAACUAGACGGCGGAUUGUUUUGACUGGAACACCGCUUCAAAAUAAUCUUAAAGAGUAUCACUGCAUGGUACAAUUUGUAAAACCCAGUCUUUUGGGUACCAAAAAAGAAUUUUUAAAUAGGUUCGUUAAUCCUAUUACAAACGGACAGUUCGAUGACUCCACGGAAUAUGAUGUAAAAUUAAUGAAAAAAAGAGCUCACGUUUUGCACAAAAUGUUGGAAGGCAGUGUUCAGAGAUUUGAUUACUCUGUUCUUACGCCCUUCUUACCGCCUAAACAAGAAUAUGUAAUUUUCGUACGUUUAACACCAAUACAAAUAAAAAUGUAUCAAUAUUACUUGGAAAACUUGGCAAGGCGACAUGAUGGAAGAAAUGGAUCUCUAUUUUCUGAUUUUCAAGAACUUCAACGUGUAUGGACUCAUCCUUACGUAUUGCGUUUAAACGCAGCCAAAAUUGAUAAAGCAAAUGAAAAGAAGCGCUUAGAAGCAAGUGAUUCUGAAGGAUCCUUGAAAGAUUUUAUUGACGAUGGAGAUGCUUCUGAAGCUAGUACAGUACCUAGUAGUGAUAGCGAUAGCGACAGUGACAUUGAAUGUCUCGAUUCGGAUGCAGAAAAGAAACCUGUUAAAAUGACACGCUCAGCCCGAAUGAAUGCAAAAAUUGACCUUGAAGAGCCAGUCCCUCCACCAAUUGAGACGACAGAAGAAACAGCUUGGUGGGCUAAGUAUAUAGAAGAAAAUGAUUUCAACGAUUUGCGAAACUCAACAAAGCUUAUGCUUUUAUUUGGUAUACUUCAAGAAAGCGAACAAAUUGGUGAUAAACUGCUGGUUUUUUCUCAAUCAUUAUAUUCUCUGACAUUGAUCGAACAAUUUUUAAAUAUGAUCGAUUCCGAAACUCAAAAUGAUCAAAAAUUAGAAAAUCUUGGUAAUCAUUCAGGAAAUUGGAGUCUAGGCUUAGACUAUUUUAGACUAGAUGGUUCUACGUCAGCUGAAAAUCGGAGUGCGUGGUGUAAAACAUUUAAUAAUCCAACCAACACACGAGCCAGGUUGUUUUUGAUUUCAACUCGCGCUGGUGGCUUGGGCAUCAAUUUAACAGCCGCCAAUAGAGUAAUUAUAUUUGAUGCUAGUUGGAAUCCAUCUCACGAUGUUCAGAGUAUUUUUCGAAUUUACAGAUUUGGACAGAAAAAGCCAUGCUACAUUUAUCGUUUUCUUGCUGCGGGCACAAUGGAAGAAAAAAUUUAUAAUAGACAGGUUACAAAAUUAUCCCUGGCCUGUCGAGUUGUUGAUGAACAACAAAUCGAACGCCAUUACAGUAAUAAUGAUUUGGCUGAACUCUAUCAGUUCGAAUCAUAUGAGGGUCAAUCUAAAACUUUAGCUUUACCUAAAGAUCGUUUAUUAGCUGAAAUAUUUCUAAAAUACAAAGAUUUAGUGUAUACUUAUCACGAACACGAUUCUCUACUAGAAAAUAAAGAAGAAGAAGAAUUAGAUGAAGAAGAAAGAAAGCAAGCGUGGCUCGAGUAUGAAGCAGAAAAACAAGGCAAAAAUCAAAUGAUGAACAAUAUGAGUGCAUAUAAUAAUAUGGCCCUCAAUCCAUUCAUGAAUUUAAAUUCAAUCAAUUUCCCUGAGCUAGAAAGCAUAAAAAUGUUGAUUCAAAAAGAUUAUCCAUCUGUACCUCCUGAUCAAAUCGAAACGGUAGCACGUCAAGCUUUUUAUGAUAUGUACCGUCUAGUUGACCAUGAAGCUGUUAAAAAUAUGUUGAAUCCAUAUGCGGUUCCCGGGCAAAAUAUUUUAUCAAAUUUACUCAAUCCUGGUCCAGCAAUGCCUCCAGUAUACUCUCAACAGCAAAAUACAUAUAAUGUACAAAAUCAACUGAUGCACUUACCACCUCAAAUGAAUUACACAGGAGUUAAUCAUAUGCCAGUUUAUUCUGGCAGAGGACGACCUCCUAAACAUUUAGCUAAUAUGAAUAUGCAAGCACCUAUGCAAAUGCAAGCCAUGCAGCAAGCUGCUAUGCGAAGUAAUCCACUAGCAAAUAACACAUUGGGAAAUAAUUUAGUAUCUAAUCCAAUGACAAGUAGAGUUGUCAGUAAUGCUAUGGACGAUGUGCAGAUUAUUGAUCCACUGACUUUGCCAUCUGCAUCGGCUUCCAAUAGCAAAAAGAAGACAUUAGAAGAAUAAGUGCAAAACAAAAGAACUGCAAAUGAUUAGUCUUAAUUUUUUUAUUCCUAUUAAUAUUAAUGGCAUGUCUGUACAUAGUAUUCGUAUUUUAUGUAAGUAGAGCUGUCUUUUUUGUUCAAAGUAUGUUAAAGUCACAGUCACGUAUCAAAUUCUUUUUAUAAGUUUAAACAAAGCCGUAUGAUAGCUUCUUAUUUCUAUGUUAUGUAAAAAAUACGGCAUAAAUUAAAAGGAUAGUCAAGUUUGAUUGUGGUCCGAAAUUAUACUAAAUUUUCAAAAUUUAGUGUGAGUCAUAUUGUAUACAAUGUAAAAUGUUUUAAAACAUGAUACACAGCGCGAAUAAGUUAUUGAAUGUUUAGAAGUAUUUUGAUUAUUUUCAAAUUUUUUUUUGCGUUUAGGUACGUUCACAAGUCGUGUUAGUACGUGAUAAUAUAUAACAUUUUUGUUCAAAGUAUAUGUUGAAAAUCGAAUAGAUAAUAAUAUUUGUAAUACUAUUCUAUAUUA